CCGUUUUGCAGUUUCUCGGCCCCGGGCGCCUUCCAGGAUUCCUUGCUCGAUCUCCCUUCUUAGAAGUGGGGGGGCCAACGUCGUGGGGGGUGCCGCGCCCGCGAAGAUUACCCCCGGGCCUACUCUCUUCACGCCGGCGAAGAGCACGUCGCCCAAGCGCCGGGUCGAAACAAGGAUGCCCCAGCUCGGGACCCCGAGGAUGGGGCAGAGGGCUCGAGGACACGCGGGCCCGGUGGCGGUGUUUCGCAGCAGGAUGGCUCGUGUUGCCUGCGACCGCAGGGAAGGCAGGCCAUCGUCGAGAAUGCCACCCCUGAGCCAGCCACGAUCGGGAGGCGUUCUGACGAGGUCGACGGGACAGGCACGCCUUCGAAGCUCAAAGGCGCGGCAGGCAUCAAGGUUACGCUCUUAUUUCUCGUGAUCGUGACGCUGGGCAUCAUAGACGUGGUCUUCGCCGUGGACAGCGUCACGGUGAAGAUAUCCGCCCUGGCCAGUUUCUCGUUCGGCCUGAGCUUUUUUCUGAACCUCACGUCGAGCGCGCUCGCGAUGUUCAUGCUGAGGAGCCUCUACACCCUCAUGGACAGCAUGACGCGCAUGUUCCGCUUCCUCUCCAGCGGGGUGGGCGUCGUCCUCCUCCUCAUCGGUGUCAAGCUCAUCCUCGGGGGCCUGAAUGUGGAGAUAGGGAUGCUCCAAUCGACGCUCAUCAUCGUCGCCGUCCUGCUCGCGUCGGUGGUUGCGUCGGCUGUUAUGCCCGAGCAGCCCGAGGAGGAGAGGGACUUGGAGCUUCCCGCGCCGGCGCCCAAGGCGGACGCCGCGCAGCAGGAUGCCACGUCCCCCGCGGCGGCCAGACGCUGAGGCGGCCUCGGCGGCGGCCCCGAGCUCCAGUUCUGACAGUUUUUUUCUCGUCCUAAUUCGAUCGCUUCUGCUGCCUCCCCCGUCACACCGCUCUGGUUGACCCAAUAGGGGGUCCAGCACAAGGGAGUGGUGCUAUAGAUCUGGUGCAAUAUAUUUGCGG